AUGAGUGACGAUGACAAUUAGCUUGAUGUAUCGAGCAUUUCCAUUAUUAAAAAGUUUUUAAAAUCUGAACUUCUUGAUGAAUCUGAAUUUGAAGUAGAUCAAGCAAAUGAAUAGAACAAAAAACCUUAAUAGUUCAAUUUCCAUUUAAUGCUUGAUUAGAAAAAUGAUAAAAACUGUUAAAAAAAAUAACCAGACCCCUAAGAAAAUAAAGAUCUAAAUUAUUUAAUUAAUGAAUUAAGAUUGGAGCAACAGAAUUUCUAGGCAGAAUUAGAACAUUUAUAAAGCUAAUUUAUAUAAGAAAUUAAUUUUUUAAUGCAGAAGGUUUUUGAUUAACACAAGCUGUAUUAUAAGCAGCAAGAAUAUCAAUUGUCCUUAAUACAAUAAAAGAAAUAAAGAUUAUAACUGCAAUCCCCUCAACAAUCAUAUGCUCUUUUAUAUUAAACGAAUCCAAAUAUAUAAACAUAUUAGAAGUUUAAUAAAGACCUAAAAAAUAGUUUAGUAAAAUUGCUACAAAACAUUAAAACAACAAAAAUUUGUUAAGACAUCUUCAAUGCACAAGAAUAGUCAUAUCAAUCUCAAACAUCAAGAUCUCCUCUUGCUUAAUUAAAUAAACUAUUUUCAAGGUAAGGAUCAAUUGAAAAUAAAUAGCCAUUUGCAAACAAAGUAAAUAAUACACACAUGAAACUCAAUCUCGUAAUGCCAAUGAAAAGAGAUACUUAAUCAUUUUGGAAUCAACCUAGUGAAAGAAAGUGUAGUAUCACUUCGAAAAUAAAUUCAAGUCCUUUUGAAAAGAGAGAAAAAUGCCUAGUUUAAUAAGCUCUAUUUAAACAGUCAUCUGAUUUCCUUAAAUUUAAAUGCUGA